UCUCGUGUUCUAUUUCCUUUCGGACCCUAAAACCCUCUUCUCCAUCGUCUCUAUUGUGAAUUCUUCACCGCCAUUUCCAUUGUGUUCACCAUUUUCUCUCCAGGAUGGGUAGCAGCCAAGCCGCUGUAUCAUUUCUCACCAAUAUUGCUCGUGCUGCUUUCGGUCUCGGCGCCGCUGCAUCGGUUCUGAAUGCCUCCCUUUACACUGUCGACGGUGGUGAAAGAGCUGUUCUCUUCGAUCGAUUUCGGGGUGUAAUCGACGAGACUGUUGGCGAGGGAACACAUUUCUUGAUUCCAUGGCUUCAAAAGCCCUUUAUAUUUGAUAUUCGUACGAGACCACACACUUUCUCGUCUGUUUCCGGUACUAAAGAUCUUCAGAUGGUAAAUCUGAGCCUUCGUGUUCUCUCUCGUCCUGAGAUUUCUCGACUCUCAGAUAUUUUCAAAACCCUAGGUCUAGAGUACGACGAGAAGGUCCUCCCUUCAAUUGGAAAUGAGGUUCUGAAAGCCGUCGUCGCUCAGUUUAACGCCGAUCAGCUUUUGACUGAGCGGCCUCACGUUUCGGCUCUUGUGCGUGAGAGCUUGGUUCGGAGGGCUAAGGACUUCAACAUUGUGCUGGAUGACGUUGCUAUCACUCAUUUGUCUUAUAGCCCGGAGUUCUCCAAGGCAGUUGAGCAGAAGCAAGUAGCUCAACAAGAGGCUGAGCGUUCAAAAUUUGUUGUGGCCAAGGCUGAACAAGAAAGAAGAGCUGCAAUUAUUAGGGCUGAAGGUGAAAGCGAGUCAGCUAAGUUGAUUUCUGAUGCUACAUCGGCUGCUGGUAUGGGUUUGAUCGAGCUGAGGAGAAUUGAAGCAUCAAGGGAGAUCGCAUCCACCCUCUCCAAGUCGCCGAAUGUGGCCUACUUGCCCGGUGGUCAGAACAUGCUUUUGGCUCUGAAUCCGAGCCGGUGAAUGAAUUGGUAAGAAAACUCUGAUCUUCUUGCAGUGUUUCUUGAAGAGGUGCUCCGAACAUAAAGAUGAUCUGCUGGAAUGACUUGUCUCACACUUUGAGUUCUCCCCGUCGUAUGCGUAGUGGUAAAUGAACAUUAUAGAAUAAGAAACUUUUAGCAUUUUUUUGUUAUUCUCGUAAAAAUUAGUUUGAUGAGCGAGAACGUAUUAUUGAUUAAGCAACAAUCUUCACUGAGUUUUUGCCUGGUCGAGGGAACUCCCUCUUCUAUUAUGAGAAUCUUCAUUUGAACAUGGGGUCUGUUUCAUUUGGUGUAUUCACAAUGGAGUCUAAUGGUCUUUAUAUUCUUCA